AGAGGUCGGGCAUGAAGGCGGGCAGGGCGGCCGUGGCGGGGCUGCCGCUGCUGCUGUGGCCGCUGAGGGUCGGGGCGGUGGAGCCCAUCAGCCUGACGCUGGCGCUGGCGGGGGUCCUGACCGGCUACAUCUCCUACCCCAGCCUCUACUGCUACUUCACCGAGUGCUGCGCCCCCAAGCGCGGCCUCGGACGGGAAGCGCUGCGGAAGGAUUUGGACAGGAAACUCUUCGGACAGCACCUGGCGAAGAAGGUGAUCCUGAACGCGGUGUCGGGGUUCGUGAGCAACCCGAAGCCCAAGAAGCCCCUCACCCUGUCGCUGCACGGAUGGACCGGGACGGGCAAAAAUUUUGCCAGUAAGAUCAUCGCCGAGAACAUUUACGACGGCGGCCCGAAGAGUGACUACGUCCACCAGUUUGUGGCCACGUUACACUUUCCGCACGCCCAGAACCUCGAUCAGUAUAAGGACCAGCUGCAGCUGUGGAUCCGGGGGAACGUGAGCGCCUGUUCGAGGUCAAUCUUCAUAUUUGACGAGAUGGAUAAAAUGCCCUCCGGACUCAUAGACGCUAUCAAGCCAUUCCUCGACUACUAUGAUUUGGUAGAUGGAGUGUCCUAUCAGAAAGCUAUCUUCAUCUUUCUCAGUAACGCGGGAGCCGAAAGGAUAACAGACGUGGCUUUGGAUUUCUGGAAGAGCGGCAGAGAAAGAGAAGAGAUAAAGCUCAAAGACAUGGAGCAUGCGUUAUCUGUGUCCAUCUUCAAUAACAAAAACAGUGGCUUCUGGCACAGCAGCUUAAUAGACAAGAACCUCAUUGAUUAUUUUGUUCCAUUUCUCCCCCUGGAAUACAAACACCUGAAGAUGUGCAUCAGAGUUGAGAUGGAAUCACGAGGCUACGUCGUCGAUGAGGACAUCGUAUUAAGGAUAGCCGACGAGAUGACCUUCUUCCCCAAAGAGGAGAAAGUUUACUCUGACAAAGGCUGCAAAACCGUGUACACCAAGUUGGAUUAUUACUACGACGAUUAAAUACUUCAGGGCGCGCUUCUGGGCACUGGGAAAGAAUACAUCCGAAGGGGAACCGGUUUGGGCUCUUUUACUCCUCGACCUCAGAGAGGAGGAAAAGCCUUUCAGGACUCGUGAAGACGACCUCGUCGAGAACUUGUGGAGGAAACCGUCGGAGCCGCGGCCCUGGAACUGGAAAAAAUUCUCUUUCUUGCGGAGGGGUCUUCUUGAGUUACGUAAGAACCGACGGCGGCGACGGAAGGGUCGAUAAUCACGUAUCGCGUUAUUUGGAAUGGUGCCAAUUAUUUUUCUAAUCACAUUUUAAUUACAGAGGUUUGUCCGGAGGAAGGCGGCGAAACAGGUUUUAACGUAAAACGACAGUUCUGAUUUUUAAUGCGAAAUCCCAGUUUCUUGCAGCAGUACCUCACUAAUCACGCCCUCGGUGCAGAAACGCAAGCACCGGUGAUCUGAGAUGCAUUUCACAAAGCAGCCCUGUCAGGAGCUGAGAAAAUGGAAGACUACUCUCUUGGUCUGAAGUAGAGGAAAGGAUUAAUGAAGUCUUAUCACUUUACCUUUGUCCAGACGGGCAGAAAGAUUUAGAGUACAAAUCAUCCGGAAGGUGGCGCGAAAGGCCGUUGACGUUCAGGGUGCGAUAUGUUCUUUUUAAUGGAGCCGAGUGGACGUGAACGGCGUCGAUGAUUCCGAUUAUGGUAUUUAUUAAGCGCUUACUAUUUGCCCGAGGAUGGUGCUAAGCGCUUGGGGCGGGAACUGAAGAAUAGGGAAAUUUGACAGAUCCCCCCCCCCCCGGGACAGAGUUUAGGGUCAAAAUCGGCCUCUUGAGCACGGACUCUAAACGUAUCGCCAGCUGAAAAGCUAAUAUCGGCGUUGCCCCACUCGAGCCUACUUCCAGGCUUCCUUGAGUUGCUGGCUGGAUUAACUGCCCCUAUCUUCGAAGCCUUCCCCUAUCACGUUUUAUUUUAAACUACUAAAAACUACCCGGGGAAGACAGUGUAGCCGCAUCACCUAAAGGUGCUGAAAAAAAGUGGUUUUAUUUAUAAAUACAAGUGACUCCCAAUUUUACAAUAAAACUUGAUUUUCUAGUCUGAAUAAAUGUCUGAAGGGCAAACCUUUCCCAU